CACGGGCUCAACUGCGAAGGGUGCCCCCCUACGUUCCGCGCCGUGGGAAGGAGCGCGGCUUUGCGCCGCUGCUGUUGUAACGGCCGGCCGCGAGGCGCUUCUUCUCGAUUCGGCCGUGUGGGUUCGAAGGCGUGUGGCGCGCUCCACGCGGGCAUCGUCGUGUGCGCGUGGUCAUGCGUGACUCGCGGUGAAGUGUUCUGCAUCGUCUCUCUCUAUCCACGUGUUACGCGCAGUGUGUGUGCAAUGCUUGUCCGUGGGUGACCGCUUCGGGUGACUCGAGGGUGAGGCCGCGCGACACAUCGUGCUCAAAAGUGCGCGGCGAACGGAUUGUGGACCGUGACGCUUUGCCUCGGUUGGACGACGGUCCGUGUCCGGUUUGGCGGUUCGUCCGCCCGCGUGCAGACCGACUCAGCGGUGAGGUGAACGAGAAAGGAGAGCAACGAAAAGUGCAGCGACUCCCUCUUCGGCCACGGCUGGGCGCGUGGCCACGGGCUGACCGCGGCUCACGUCGCGGUCGGUGUGAUGACGCCACGAAGAUGUAACCCCCGGUCCUGGGACAUGGUAGGAUAGGGGAGAACUCGUCUCGGCAACGUCACGCCACAAGCUGACAAGGUGCCUCCUGUUGCGGUCCUCUGAGCCAGGGGGCGCCGCCUUUCGAUCGAUGUUGGUGACGUCACGAGAGCGUGCUUUGCUGGACCGUGCUAAUCGCGAGACGACGCACGCCAGAUGGCGCCACAACCAUCCCCAGAUAAUCGGAACUGGACCGGGAAGCUAUGAGUAAGGCUGAGGAGUCGCGGAAAGUCUCGCGAAGUAAAGGACCACCCGCGGCUCAAGAGACAAGCAGAAAGCGCAGGGCCGAGUACGACGAGGGCGCCACCGCAGCUGCUGCUGGCGCCAAGCGGAGCGCUGCGCGGCGCUGCGACGAUGAGGCCGCCCUCUCGCGGCUGAAGGCCGAACCACCGCCGGGACCCAACGUUCCCGCCGCCGCCAGCACCCCUACCGGCACCGGCGCUAACCCCACUGCGCCGGCGGCGGCCCAGCAACCACCACCCCACGCGCCCAGCCCGCCGGUCUCCAGGACAGUAACACCACACGACGAACUCGGUUCCGACGUCGUCACUUCCUCCACGGUCUGCGCGGACGGAAGUGGCGCCAACGGCGGUGCAGCAGGCGGAAGCGCCAACGGAACCGGAACCGGGUGCGGCGCCGUCAGCUCCUCGAGCAACGUCAGCAGCAGCGCCGGCGGCGGCCAAGCGCAGCCAGCACAGCCAGCAGCGGCCGGCGCCGGAGGAGGAGCCGCAGCCGAAGACGAAGACGUUCGGCGCAUCUUGGAGGCCGAGGCGGCGCUGCGCAGUCUGACGGGUGGGCUGCUGGCGCAGGCGGACGAGGAGCCGCCGUGCGGCGACGUGCAGCCCAUGUUCGAGAACCUGUUCGACAAGAAGAGCGACAGCAAGGGGUCGCCCGGCGACCAGCACCACCGGGCCACCAGCGAGUCCGUGGCCAACUCGUGGAAGGACGUGGUCACGCUGAGCGCCUCGUCCUCCUCCAACGGAAGCGUGCCCGGGGGAUCGCCCAUGCGCUCGCCCCUGUCGCCGCCGGACUCGAGCCCCGACCAGCCGGCCGCGUCGACGCCAAGGGUGGCGAGAGAACACGAAGAGUCUAUGGACACGGAGAUGAGCCGAGCCGACAGCAGCACCGGCGACGGCCUCACGCCGCCCAUUGCGGCAUCAGGUCGCCACCGGGACGCUGCCAAGGACACCGCCGACGAAGACAACCACCACGCGGAGCGGGGCGCUAGGGUUUCCACGCCCGAAGCCGGCCAGAUGGCGUUCGCGUCCUCGACGCCAGCGCCGCCGUCGCUCUCCUCCUCCUCCUCUUCGUCGUCGGUCUCCUCGACGUCGUCGACCCACUGUCCGGGCACGCCGGACGUGGCGAGCACCACGGCCACGGUCGGUUCGUCGCAGUCCUCGUGCUCGAGCCCCUCCGCGCCGGGUGCCUUCGGCGCCAUGGGGCCGUCCUCCUCCGCGGCACCGCCGUACGGCGCACCGGCGGCCGUCACAAGGCCCGACGCGGCGACGCGGACCGGUCGGCCGGGCGAGGCGUACGACGUCGGCAGCCUGCUCAAGAUCGAGGAGGAGUGCGCCUCCAUACACUCCGUCGUCGACCAACAGCGGUUCAAGGUGGAGGAAGUUAGCCGCGAGGACUGCUGCCGCCGAGCGAGCAGCAAUGGCGGAGGAGGAGGCGCGGGAGUCAGCGGCGCCGCCAGCGGGCGAGCGUCGCGCAGUCCGCCCACCGGCGUCGUCGCGCCCCGGGGACCUCCGCUGGCAUCGCCGGGACCCCCGCACAUGUUCGGCGGCGGUGGAAUGCCGCACGUGCAAGUGAAGCAGGAGCCCAAGCUGGAGCCGAUGCGCUACUCGGACUGCGCCCUGCAGGCGGCGCAUCGCGAGUACCCUCCCCCAGCGGCGGCGGCGGCGGGCGGGGCGUACGCGGGUCCCUUCGGUGCGGCCGCCAUGGCCGAGGUGGCCCCGGAGCCGCCGCCGCCGGCCGCCCGAUACGCCAUGCUCGAGACCAAGCUCAAGCAGGAGUCGCUGAAGCCGCCAAUGGCGGCCUACGGCGAGGACGGCGGCGGAAGCGGAAGCGGCGGCCACCUGGUUCCACUUCCGGACGACGACCACCCGCUGGUGAUCGACGAGAGCCGACUGCGGCUGGACGAGGAGGAGGAGGACGAAGACGACGAGGACUCCAGCUCACACGCCGCGCUCAUGGACUCGCCGCAGAGGACGCCCGAAGGCACGCUCAAAGACAGCAAAUGCCCUACUCCGGGUUGCAAUGGCACGGGUCACGUGACAGGUUUAUACUCGCACCAUAGAAGCCUGUCUGGGUGCCCAAGAAAGGACAAGAUUACACCCGAAAUUUUGGCACAGCACGAAACAAUACUCAAGUGCCCCACUCCUGGCUGUAAUGGAAGAGGACAUGUGAAUAGCAACAGAAACUCACACAGAAGCCUGUCCGGGUGCCCCAUUGCCGCCAUGGAGAAGCUGGCUCAGAAGGAACAGAAGAACGUCACCAAACACCCGCCCUCCACCUCCAGUCCCGCGCCGUCGGACCGCGUGCUGCGGCCCAUGUGCUACGUGAAGCAGCUGGAGCUGCACGAUUACAAGUACCCGGGCUACGUGCCCACCACGACGCCGCGCACCAACCUGGCCAAGGAGCUGGAGAAGUACAGCAAGCCGCCGCCUCCGGAGUACGCGCACCACUUCUUCCAGCAACAGCAGCAGCAUCAACAGCAGCAGCAGCAACAGCAGCAGCAGCACCAUCAGCAGCAACCACCGCCGCCGCCGCACCAACAGCCGCCGCCGCCUCAUCAUCAGCAGCAGCCGCCGCCGCCGCCGCCACACCAGCCUCCCCAACAGCCACAGCAGCAGAUGAGUCCGGUCCCGAACCGGCCCAUUGCGCCCAAGCCCAAGGACCAGAUGACUGUCACGGUCAAGCAGCGCCUCUCGCCAUCGCCUCCACUGGAGCAGCCGCCCGGCGUGGUCGGCAUGGGGACAGCGGCGGUGAACCUGUCCAAGAGGCAAGAGGCCCUCGGGGACCUUCCGCCCGCUCCCCCAUCCGGGGUGAGGCACAUCCACCCGGCCCUCGACUUGCCUCUCGUCCCUAGGCACAGUCUGUCCCCGGCGCUGGGUGGCCCCCAGCAGCAGCAGCAGCAACCGCCCCAGCACCCGCACCACCAGCCCGGCGGAGGCGGCGGUCUGUAUCGCGGCGCUGGUCCUCCUCCGCCCGAGGAGCAGACGGAGCCCGUGGACUUCUCGAGGGGCGGGCCGGAAGGGUUUCCCCCGUACCCCCCGCCUUCGUCCCUGCACAGUCCCCCUCCUCCGACCAGGGACCACCUCCAGCCCCUCGCCGGGAGGCCCCCCGCCGGCUCCGACUACGCGGACAAGGACAGUUUACCUGGAUGCGGCCUUCAAGAGCGACCUCCGAUGCAAGGGCCCCAUCAAGAGCUGAAUCUGUCCGGCUGCCCGCGAAGCACCAAGCCCAAGAAGGCCGCCGCCGGACGGGAGGACAAGCCCGACGCCGAGCCGCUGCGGUUGAGCAUGUGCGUACAGUCACCCACGCUCGAUUACCACUCACCUCCGACCAGCGACAGCUUUUGUUGGAAGGCAGACCGAUCCCAAGGCAAAAGCUGUCCCAUCCCGGGCUGCGAUGGCUCAGGACACGUGACUGGAAAAUUUCAAUCUCACCGAAGCGCUUCUGGAUGUCCGCUGGCGAACCGGAGCAAGUUGAGGCAUGAAGUUGUUGGUGUUGACGGAAGGCCUAUUAAGACAGAAGGUGCUAGCUGUCCGACCCCCGGGUGCGACGGGAGCGGGCACGCCAACGGAAGCUUCCUGACCCACCGCAGCCUGUCGGGCUGCCCCCGGGCCACGCAGGCCAUGAAGAAGGCCAAGAUGGCUGCUGACGACCCCAAGCCUCAGCCAGAGCCGGGACCAGUUGUAGCUGGAAUGCCAGGAGGGGUGCCUGGCAUGGAUAACGACGCGGACAUCCGAGCGCUGGAGGAGGAGAUCCUGGAGCUGCAGGAGUACAAUGCCAAGGUGGAGUCUGAGAUGAUCCGCCUGCGCACGGACAUCACACAGAUGGAGCAGCAAAUUCGCAUGACCGAGAGGGACAACCAGGUGCUGUCUCAACGGGCUGGUAGCUUGAACGAGUACUACGACUCGCUGAAGCACAACUUCAUCUCGCUGCUCGACCGCAUCCCCCAGCUGGAGGAGAAGCCCACGCCGGACAACUUCGACUGCUACCUGAGUCGACUGCAGGCACUCUGCGUGGACAGCACCCACCGGCCGCCAGGGCUCGGGGGACCAAACGGCUCGUCGCCACCAAACGACAGCAACCGUGCCCUCUUCACAUCAGUGCGCCAGGCGCUGCACGACUUCACCUUGCCCCUACAGCAACCAAGCGGCUGGAUCCGGUCAUGAGGGCGCUGGCCUGUCUUUCCCACAUCUCCCAUUGCUCCGGGGCACGAACGCAUAGCGCACAGCCCCCAAGCAUGACCAUCAUCUUCUUGUUCUUCUUCUUUUUGCCGACAAACACAAAAUGGAGCCAAACAGGGUCAAUUGCAUUCUACGUAGAAGAGGACGACGACGGCAGGCUGCCUAAAGAAAAGGAUGAACUGUCGGAAAAGGGUUCCCCGCAUCUCCCGCACAGUGGGUCUUUCGCUGCACUCCUGUUUCCUCGGUGUCUUGCUGGGCAGACAAGACAGGGAAAAAAAAAAGGUGCCGUGGCGGGCUCAGCAACACGGCUGACACCAUGUGGGGGAAACGCGCACGCACAACCAUUGCACGUUGAUGGACUCCGUGUAAAAAAAAAAACACAAACAAGUGCACUGUGCUGGGAGCUGCCAAAGCAUUCCCACCGCCACCUCUACCCCCUUUAUUCGUCUCUGUGGCACCAUUUCUUUGUUUUUCUUUUUGCGUUGGCUUAGCCACAGUUGCUGUUGUCCUUCGCGCAUCUUUGAGUGUUUUGCGCGUUCGUUGCCGACGAGACUCGUGUCUCUGCAUUGUGUAUAGCCUUUUAGACGAUGUGGUGUCAAUGCUGCUCGCGUGCAUUUGGUGCUGCCUUUCUUUUUUUUUUUCUUUUUCUUUCGGCCUCGCUUUCUCGCUUGUAUCUCUAGUAGUGCCGUGCUUAGAGCAGGAAAUGUGACACAUUCUAAGGAACUGCGAGCUUUGAAAUUGUUGUCGCAUUGCGACCCCGUGGAACGCCCGGUCACAUUACAUGGCACGAAAGGAAUUUUCUCUUGCAAUUGGUUUAAAGAAAGGAAGGUGGGGAACGCGCGCGAUGCAAAUGCGCGACACAUCCGCCAGAUCCCAGCGGCAGUCCUCACACAUCCAACAUUUAGCCAGUGCUUCUGCGUGAACAUUCUUUUCUUUCCAGUGUUGGCUGUAGUGAUAUCUGUUGGUCACUUUUUGUCAUGGCCUCAGUGAAGGCAUUUUUUUUCUCCUCUCAAGUGUACAUAGGAAUCUUUUGUAAGAUACAUGCUCUUCUAUUUAUGUGCUCGUCUCUUAUGUUGCCUGUGCGGGUUGUUUAGAAGAUUUAAAACGUACUUGUUGCAAGAACAAGUUGUGCUUUAAAUAAGAAAUGAAUUGUUGGCCGGAAACCGUGCGCAUUUUUUUAUUGGCACAUUUAGCAAGGUUGUUUUCUUGCUUGUGGGAAAAUUCUUUUCAAGGCGAUCGUGGAGCAGGUUGCAACAAAAUUGUGGAAGUGGAAUGUAUGACUCUGUUGAAUAUGUACAUACUUGUGUUACAGAUAUCGAUGUGACCAGAAAUGUAUUUCACAGCCUUUCCUGAGUUGCAAAUUUGCCAACCAUUGUCUAAAAGUGAACACCAACAUCGUCAGCCUUUCUCUCUCUCUUACUUUUUUUUUUGUUGUGAGUGUCAUAACACAUAGCAAUACAUGUUCAGCAGCAUCUAAAAUUUACAUGAAAUGCCUUUCUUUCUUCUGCUACUGAGUUUGCAGAUGACCACAUUGUGAAGCAGAGAUUGAGGGAAAUGAAUUAGGAAGAAUAAGAGGCUUGGCAGGCGACUGAUCGUGGUUGUGUUAGAGAGUUUCGUUCCAUCCUCAGCCAAUUUGAACAGCACAAACGCACGUGGAAAGACCAUAUAAUACGUAGCAUGGUGGACACCACCAUUGCAAACACACAUGCCCGCUCUAUAGGCUACAUGCUUCCUUGGACAGAAAAAAAAAAGGCAUACGUGCUAAAUAAGCUUAGAGUUUCAACAGCAGCAGCAGUCUUGGCGGGAUUGUUAACAUGUGGUACAAGUUUGCUCUUAGACGUAUGGGAUUGUUAUGUACAGCAUGUCGCAAGCAAGGGGUUCCGAGACACUGGUGUAGUCUCUCUUUCUCUCUCCUUUGGUGUUGAAUCUGGCAAGUCGCAUCGGAACGGAAAUCUGCACUGUGUAUGACGCAUGCCGACAUGGAUAGGCGCUUGCAUUCUGUACAUACAUAAUUUUUAUGCACUCCCUGUUGUCGAGGCUCGCAAAGCAAACGCAUGGCUGCAAAAGCAGCGACAGUGAUCUGCCCUUCCCAUUCCCAUCUCACUUUGGAGGAAAGACACAAUUUCCAGCUUCUUUCCAAGCACAAGCCAGACCUAAAUUUCCUGCACCUAACGAAAGAGAAUAAGCCGGGCUGUCACUGCUUCGUACCUUUCAUUCGCAUAUUGCAUAGUUCCAUUAUGGCCAAGGGCUUUUAAAAACCGUGUUCACCAGGUCGAAUGGGAAGAAGCGAGAUCAAUUUUGCAUGUGCUGGUUUCAGGCGUGCCAAGGGCAGUUUAAACACAACAAACCCUGUCUUCCUGGAUCAUGCAUGACAUCAGCGUCGAUGCUGUGGUCAUCGGUCGACUUGCCUGAGUCUUCGGGAACGUGAGCCAAAUCUGAGUUGCGCAGUCUAUCCGCCUUGUGUUUCGAACCUGCACCCCACUGUUGCACACGACAUGGAUGUGUAACCAUUGCCGAAGCGACGUUAAGUUUUGCGACACUGCCCGUUAUGCAUCCCUCCCGCUCUCAGUUCUCAUUGAAGCUUAUAGCUUCGGCCCUCCUUGCCCGCGCAAUGUUCUCUGGAUGUGUACACGGUCACGGCGCUUUCUUUUUGUAGAUAUGUAUAACUUAUUGGACGCGCUGUCUCAAGCUCGCUCUCUUUCGAUGUCUUUGCUCCCCCCACCCACCGCCCAGGCCCCAUGUAAAACAUGGGUAGCUGGGGCACCUCCCAGUUCUCUGUCACACACUCUCUCUGUCUCAUUUCGUUUCCAUUCCCGCAUUCUCUCACAACAAUGUGUAUACCGUGCCGGACAGCGACACCAACAUUGUGUACCGAGUCUCAAGCCUGUCAGUAAAAACCCUAUUAUUGUGAAGCCGCA